AAAGGUGCAAGGAAACACUGCACUGGCAGUUCCCGGCCAGCUCCAGUGGUGCUCCGCGCGCGGCCUGAUGCUGCCCUCCAGGCCGAGAUCGCGAUCGUGGGGUGGUGCUCCGACGACUCCUCCGGCUUCCACGCCCCGGCACGAGCGCAGCACGUCUACCACCACCUUCUCCAUGCUAUCUUCCGAGCGUGCCAGCAGCAGCGGUGGCGACACGACGGAGCAGAUAGUAGUGGCGCAGCUGGAGAAGCCAGACAGGGCGCCAAUGGCCAAGGACGGCGACACGCCGUCAUCGUCGUCGGCGGCGGCGGCGCGGAUGCGGCUUCUGGAGCGAGAGGUGGCGACGGCGAAGCAGACCGAGAACAAGAUGCUGGAGUCACUGAUCAGCCAGACCAAGGAGCUGGAGCAGGCCAAGAUGGCGCUCGAGGAGGCCAAGCUCGAGGCCGCCACGCUGUGGCGGGCGGGGCCCGCGCAGCAGGGCCAGUGGAGCGUCAGGGACCUCAUGUUCGGCGGCGUCGACGAGGAGAUCAACGGGCUGAGGGCCAGGCUCCGGUCGGCGCUGGCCGGCGAGGAGAGGAGCCGGAAGGCGGCGGACGACCUCGCCGCCGCGCUCUCCGCCGUCACCAUGGAGGCCAAGCAGGUGAAGGCGUGGCUGUCCGACGCGCAGGCCGACCUCGAGCGCGCCAACGCCGAGGCCGGCCGGCUCGAGGGCCUGCUGCGCGCCACCGAGGCGGACCUGUGGUCCGCCACCGAGCAGCUCGACGGCGUCAUGUCCGACUGGAAGGAGGCCGCGGCAGCGUGGCGCGCCAGGGAGAAGGCGCUGCUCGGGCGCGCCCGCGCGGCCGAGGAGGACGCCGCCGCCGCCCGGCGCGAGAACGCCGAGCUCGCCGAGAUGCACCGGGCGGUAGACCACGACAACGACGGCCUGCGGCGCGCGCUCGAGCGGGCGGCGGAGGAGGCCAACGCGGCCAGCGAGUCGCUCGAGUUCGCCAGCGGCGAGAACUCCAAGCUGCGCGACGCCGUCGCCGAGAAAGAGGACGCCAUGGAGUCCCUGAGGCUGGAGAACGAGUCGCUCAAGUCCAGCGAGGCUGCCGCGCAGGGGCGUGCCGCGGAUCUGCACAAUCAGCUCACGGCGGCAACCAAGACGGCCGAUGGUGGCGCCGGCGGUGGAGAGAAGGCAUGCGCAACGGGGUUGCUGCUGGAGGAGUGGAAAACCGAUGCGCAGGGGAAGCUUAGCGCGGCGGCGUUCCUGGACUCCGGCAGGGUGAUGGCCGCCGCGAGCCGGAAGGACCGCCGGAUGUUCGCGUCCAUCAGCAACCUGGCCGAGCUAAGGUCCGCGGCGGCAGCGGCGGCCAUGGAUGAUUACUAUGAGUUCGAUCACUUCGAUGACGGAAGACAGUACGGUGGCCUGGAGCAUGCCAUGAAGCAGAGGAAGAGGCGGUCCGUUCUACGCAAAUUCGGAGACUUUUUUAGGAGGAGAAGCCUCCACAAGUCAGACUUUGGCCCGGUUCUACCUAGGUAGAUACAGUAUCUGCUUGUGUGUUUGCUUGAUACCCCCUACCAUGAAAUACACGCAUAAUAAAUACUACUCCCUCCGUCUCACAAACACUUGCUUGUUCACUCAG